UGCUAUACUGAAGGCAAUGGUAUAAUAAUAUAAUUUUUGAAAAUAAAAGUGCGCAAUAAUUAUUUACGAAAUAAUUUAAACUCAUUAAUUACUAACGAUGAUGUUAAGAAGCUUACGACAAGUAGGAGAAAAUAUAAAAAGAAAUCCAUUAUUUUUAAGUGUAAGAAACAAAGCAGCAUAUGAGGGUGAUGGGAAAACAACUGUGAGGAUCUUAAACCAGGACCAGGAUCUAGGACUUAUGAUAGAUGCCUAUGCAAGUUAUGGCUUUCGUUUGAACAACGGGAUCACAGUGCUAGGACCUGUUGCUAUAUUCCCUAGGACAAUAUUAUCGUGGCAAAUACGGACUUCAAGUGAAAUCAACGAGGCUUCGCUUCGGUUCUUUAAGCUCCUGGAACCCAAGAUCGAUUUGUUGAUAAUAGGUUUAGAAACUAAAGAGAGGAAAGUUAUAAAUUCUGUAUUCAAAGCGUCCAGAGAAGCGAAGCUUAAUGUUGAGAUAUUGGCUACGGAGCAUGCUUGCUCGACUUUUAACUUCUUAAAUGCAGAGGGGAGGUCAAUAGCAGGAGCUCUACUGCCCCCCCUACACAUUGAUAUGAAUGAAAAUGAUAUGUUGCAAUCGAAAAUGCACUACCAAAACGUUUUCGAGAAAGGUCUACAGUAAAUCACCUUGUAACAUCCCUAAAAGAAAAUUAGUUUGAAGCAAUUAUGGAGCACCGUAACAUAACCGAAACUUAUCGGAUAUCCGAAACCGUAAACGAUUCCGAAUAAAAAAAAUGUUUAUUUGAA